AUGAGCGACGAAGAAGGGGAAGAGAUUUUUCUGUCUGUCCGAAUUCAUGACUUUCAUUCACAGGUGAAAGAAUUUGAACAAAUUAAUAGCUCUACAGAUCCUAAUUCAUUACUUCAAAGUUUAUGUACAAAAGCCUUGUCGGGAAAUCUUGGCCAAUCCACUAUUCGCUCCAUCAUUUGGAGAGUUUUUCUCGGAGUGUUGCCACUCACUGAUCGAUUUGGAAAGGAACAUUGGAUAGCGAAAAUAAAUUCUGAUCGUUCACGAUAUGAAGAGCUUCUCAAGAAGCAUGAAAACGAUCCAAGAAAAAUGGCCAAAAAUUCUGCAACUUUUUCAUCCGAAGAGGAAGUAGAUGUGACUUUUUGUGAUCCACUCUCACAAUCACAAUCUAACCCAUGGUCCGAAUUCUUUGAAAAUUCAGAACUUGAAAAAACAAUUGUACAAGAUUUGAAACGAUUGUAUCCAGAAUAUCCAUUUUUCAGAACUGAGGAAAUUCAAAAUUUACUUAAACGAAUGCUCUUUGUAUGGUCGAAAGAAAAUACUGACCUUUCGUACAGACAGGGCAUGCAUGAAUUACUCUCUCCCAUUCUUUUAGUUGUGUACAGAGAUGCUCAAAAUAUUGAAAAUUAUAAGUAUUUAUUGCAGGAAAAUCCUGAACUUAAUUUGCUCAUGAAAUUAUUGGAUCGCAAUUUUCUUGAACAUGACACCUACUGUUUGUUUGAAAAAUUAAUGACCAAAAUGAGAGAAUACUUUAUUGUCGGUGAAAGUCCUCAAGGAAGAUCGUUGCCUAAUAUUUCUACCAAAGGUCCUCUUGAUUCAGGACUACUCAUGACCGAACGAAAAAUGGACCUCUAUGAAACUCCAAUUUUCAAAAUUUCCAACAAAAUUCAAAAUAAUCUCCUCGAGAAAAAAGAUCCAGAAUUGCAUCGUCACUUGACCAAAAUGUGUAUUGAACCUCAAAUUUAUUUAAUUCGAUGGGUCAGAUUACUCUUUGGGAGAGAGUUUCACAUUGAUGAUGCCAUUAUUUUGUGGGAUGCAAUUUUCUCUGAUUGUGGUGGAUUUAGAUCUGAAAGUCUAAUGUCACCAUCCGAUAUUGAUCUAUCAUUGGUUGAACACAUUUCUGUAGCCAUGCUACAUUUCAUUAGAAAACAUUUACUUUCUUCGGAUGCAAGUUAUUGCAUGAAACGAUUGAUGAGAUAUCCACCCGUUGAGGAUGUACAUAUUUUUGUCGAGCAAGCACUUGAAUCACGUGCAAGACCAACAAGUUUAUUGCCGUCUAUCUCCAUGACAGAUCUCAACAAUAGUCACAAUAACCAUAAUAAUAGUAGUAAUAAUGGCAUCAAUAAUGGAGGAGCAACUGUCAUUCCAAAGUCUCUCUCAAAUCCAACACUGGACACAAGCUCAUUAUUUCCCAGACUUACCAAAGACGUUCCUGUCACCGAGAGAACCAUUAAACCUUCACGAAAGCAAGAAGGUACUCCCAAACACAAGACCAGCAAUAGCAUUUCAGGAAAGCCCAAAUUUGGGAGCCCUUGCUAA